CAACAUGACUACCUGAUGUUGUCCUUUCUUAUUCUCUGGGUCUUGUAUAUGUACUGUUAUGUUGUAUUUUAUAUUGAAUUGACAUUUGAAAUAUCUGAUUAAUGUAGUUUUAUUGUUUACAUUUUGACUGUUUAAUCUAACCGUUUUAUCAGUGACCAUAUGGCCUUGUGAAAAGAGUAAAAUAGAGCCUAACACAUGUAUUUAGUGAUUAAUGUUACAUGAGAUAAGGCUCUGCACUGCAGUUCUACAUCAUAACCUAAUAGCUUGAAACGACUUGUAGAUUAGACUGGAUUUGAGUUGGAUUUACUAAUGCUUUGACUCAUUGUACAAAAUGAACACACAAAUUAGACCUAGCUCAGGUACCAAACUUAAAAUAGGGCAUUGUUUUUAAUGCUUUUAUUCAGACAGGUUUCAGCACGUUUAUGAUAAGGAGCAUUGUUAGGUUAUGUUAAUGCUCUUUCAUACCACAAGAUGGCGAUAUAGAGCAGAGACAUGGUGUCAUUUAUAUGAACAAAGAUGGUGGCUUUCAGUGAGGAAAAGGUGUCAAUCCCAUUUGGAUCUAAAGAGCUAGGUGGUGUUUUCACGGUUCCUGAAACAGAAUGUGUACAAACAGCUCUCAUCCUUACACAUGGAGCAGGUGGAGAUAUGAACCUGAAGUCAUUAAUGUCACUUGCACAAGCUGCUGCCACUUCUGGUUUGCUCUGCCUUCGGUUCACAUGCAAAAGCCUGAAUCUGGUGCACAGAGUGAAGGCCUAUGAAGCAGCUGUGUCGUACUUGAAAUCCCUUGAUAGGUUUACGCUGAGUAACAUUUUCCUCGGGGGACGUUCGAUGGGAGCUCGAGCUGCUGUGGCUCUUGGCAGACGAAUGAGUGUCGAGGAAGAUGUUAAUAUCCGAGGUCUGUUGUGUGUGUCUUUUCCUCUACAUCCUCCUGGACAAACACAUACUCAUGUGAAACGUAGUGAGGACCUGAGAGCACUUUUCUGCAUUCCUGUACUCUUUGUAUCAGGGACUGCAGACAACAUGUGUGAAAGGCUACUUCUGGAACAUGUUGUGGAGCAGAUGGAAAGCCCAAGCUCUGUGCAUUGGGUGGAGGGAGCCAAUCAUGGACUGGCAGUGAAGGGGAGAACUGAGGAAUCUGUUCUAGAUGAGGUCAACUCACAAGUCAUCACAUGGAUACUUAAACAUGUCUGAAGAUAGAUGCUACACUGAUAAUAUAAUAUAAUAUUGUGUGUGUGUGUGUGUGUGUGAAGAGAAAAUAAUACUAUUUUGUGUAAAUAAAAGAAUCUUAAAAUA